GAUCCUUUUGUACCAUACCAUGCUUAUUUGAGUACAAUCUUCUUCUCAUGAACAAAAACACUUAUCAUUUCUUUCUCAAAGUGGAAAGGUAAAAGGUGAACAAAACAAGAAAUAUUUCUUCUCUGUUUUUCAAGAACCAUGGAGCACUUUCAAAUAGUAAAGAUAAAGGAACUUGCACUCAAAGUUAACAUUCACUGUGAUGGAUGCAAGCACAAGGUUAAGAAGAUACUCAGAAAAAUUGAAGGAGUUUAUUAUGUAGUUGUAGAUGCAGAGCAACAGAAAGUCAAAGUGUAUGGAAAUGUUGACUCCACCACACUAAUCAAGAAACUGCUCAAAUCAGGUAAGUAUGCACAACUAUGGCCAUCUAAUGACCAAGAUUUCAACAAUGAUGAAAACCAUCUGGUCAAUGAGAAAAGUCAACCUCUGUUGACUCCUAGAAGUCUUGAAUACUUGAAGCAAAGUAUGGACAUGGGAUGGGAUGGGACUGAUAUGAGUCUAGAUGGAGAAAAUGGGUCUGGUUUCAUUGACCUACAAGGAAGUCAACUUAGUGGAGGAGGACUACAAACUUAUGAUGAUCAUCAUUCAAGUAUGCCCAUGUAUGAGCAAACCAAUCUGUUACCCAUGAUGAUGAACAGCAACAUGCAUGGUGGUAUGUGUAUGGAGAAUGUCAUGAUGCAUGAUAACAUGUACAUGCAUGCAUUUCCCAUGUUCCAUCAUGCUCGUUAUUACUAAUCACAUACCAUAUUGUUUUAUGACUAUGCUAAUUUGAUCCUUGUAGUAUUGACGAUGCUAAGUUGUUUGAUGAAGAACCAUAUUGAUAUGAUAUUAUUAUAAAAACAUGGUUGGUUUUUGUUA